GCGGAGGUUUCCUUGUAUGGGGAUUCGCCGUGGUUGAGUUCCAGAUUGUGGAUGCUGAGGGCAAGAGCAGCCCAUACGUUUAUUCUACAAAAGUAAGCAUUCAGUGUUGAUGUCAUUAUUUACGCCAAAAUGCCACCGUUUCGACAAGUUGGGGAGAAGCAGCUUCCUCAUGAAAUUAUAUUUAUGUCCUGGUCACCUAAAAGAGAUCUCAUUGCGUUAGUCAACAAAGCUGGAGAGGUCUUGCUUCAUCGACUAGCAAAUAUUCAGAGAGUUUGGAAUUUGCCCCCAAAUGAAAAUACUGGAAAGGAAGUGACAUCCCUGGCAUGGAGACCAGAUGGCAAACUUUUGGCUUUUGGUCUUGCCGAUACCAAGAAAGUUGUGCUGUGUGAUGUAGAAAAGCCUGAAAGCCUCCACUCCUUUUCCGUGGAAUCCCCUGUGUCUUGCAUGCAUUGGAUGGAAGUGACUGAGGAGAAUAGUAUCUUGACUUCAUUUUACAACGCUGAGGAUGAAUCUAACACUCUGCUGCCAAAGCUACCUGCUCUGCCGAAAAAUUACAGUGCCACAGCAAAGAUUUUCAGUGAAGAGAAGUCAGAUGAAAUAUUGAAGCUGUUGGGCGAUGUAAGACUUAAUGCUUUGGUCCUUGGAGGAGACUCGGGGCAGAUUGAAAUCUAUGCGUAUGGGAUGUACAAGAUUGCAACAAUUACUGAGGUAUAUGGAUCUUGCCUUAGCUUAUGCUUAUCUAGUGAUUUAAAAUCCCUUUCAGUUGUUACCGAACUAUCAACAAACACUACACCAGAGAUUACAUAUUUCCAGCUGGAUACUAGUUUGUUGUCUGAUUGUUUACCUGAAGUUACACGGAUGGCCAGGAAAUUUACCCACAUUUCUACUCUUCUUCAGUAUUUGAAAUUAUCCCUCACAUGUAUGUGUGAAGCCUGGGAAGAAAUUUUAAUGCAGAUGGAUUCAAGGCUCACUAAGUUUGUACAGGAAAAAAACACCACAACAUCUGUACAGGAUGAAUUUAUGCAGCUGCUCUUGUGGGGUAAAGCAAGUCCUGAGCUCCAGACAUUACUGAUGAAUCAGCUGACAGUCAAAGGGUUAAAAAAACUGGGACAAUCUGUUGAGUCGUCAUAUUCCACCAUACAAAAGCUAGUUAUCAGCCACUUACAAAGUGGAGCAGAAGCUUUGCUGUACCAUCUUAGUGAGCUUAAAGGCAUGGCUUUGUGGAAGCAGAAGUAUGAGCCACUUGGACUUGACGCCAAGGCAAUUGAAGAUGCCGUAACAGCUGUUGGUUCCUUCAUACUAAAAGCAAAUGAGCUUCUUCAAGUUAUAGACAGUGGCAUGAAAAACUUCAAAGCAUUCUUUCGCUGGCUUUAUGUUGCUAUGUUAAGAAUGUCAGAUGAUCACGUGAUUCCUGAACUAAAUAAGAUGACUCAGAAGGACAUAACAUUUGUGGCAGAUUUCCUGACUGAGCACUUUAAUGAGGCACCUGAUUUGUAUAACCAAAAAGGCAAAUACUUCAAUGUAGAACGCGUGGGUCAGUAUUUGAAAGAUGAAGAUGAUGACCUGAUGUCUACGCCGAGCACAGAAGGAAACCAGUGGUUUAACUUUCUCCAGAAAAGUACUUACCUGAAAGAUAGUCCACUGUUGUUUCCCUGUUAUCCUGAAAAAUCAUUGCAUUUUGUCAAACGACAAAUGGAAGGUGUUAUUAACCUGUGCCUUGCGAAGCCAGCAGAAAUUAUAGGAAAGUCUGUGCAACAGAAACAGUGUAUUCCUUUGUACCAAGCAUCUAAAAGUGAAGUAUCUUGUCCGAGGCUGAUUUCCCUGCCUUCCCUGUGGAAUGACAAGUCACGUAAUCUUCACUUUGUCAUGUUCCACAUGCUUGAGAGCUCCCAGUCAAAACUCAUCAUCUUCAGACAGCCAACAGAUGUAUCAAGAUCUACAAAUGAUGCUCUCUUAGCCGUUGAAUUCGGAAUUUCCUUAAACUGUAGCGCAGCUGAGAGUCAAGAAGCAAGUCGUUACAGCUGUCUGGAUGCGCGGUUUUAUGACGAAGACCUUAUCACUGUGGUUCUGAGAGAUGCUUCUGAACAGGAGGGGAAGGAUAGGAUAUUAGCUCAGCUGCCGCUGUCUUUGAUAUAUUCCGAUGAAGAAUCAGACGGUCAGUUUGCAAGAGAUUCAAGCAAGAGGCUGGAAGAACAGUGCUCUGACAUACCGGCACGAACUGUAUUUCUCGAGGGUCAAUGGAGGAUCCUAGAAAACAUGAAAGCGCAAUAUGUCUCUGUAAAUGGCAUAAGGAAGGUGGCGUGCGUGCUCAGUUCUAACCUGCGUCACGUGAGAGUGUUUGAGAUGGAUGUGGAAGAUGAUGGAGAGGCUGAUGAAGAGGAGGAAGAAGGUGAAUCCCGCUCCCAGGACGUGACCUGCGAGGAGGAAGAGCUCAAUCAGUCUGAUGACGUGCAGCCCAAUUCUCCGGAAGCAGCAGCUGAUGUGACUGAGGAAAGCUUAGGCAGCUGAAAUCUCUGAUGGCCGCCUAUUGUAUUGGCAGAGAUCACCAAUUAAGUAUUUGUAUAAAUGGUUUGUACAACUGCUAAUGUUCAUGUCUUUAUAUUAAAGGAGUAUUGAUUUGUGCAAA